AUGUGUUUUGUGAAGAAUGAUAUAGCAAUACGUGGUCUUAUUGAUUAUAUUGAUUAUGGUUAUGAAGCUAAUUCAUUUCUUCUGAGUAUUGGUGUUAUGUCAUAUCCAACAGCAGAAAAUUUAGCUGAAUUACUUAUUGAACGUCAAUCAAAUUAUUUUAGACAAAUAAAAGAUAUUAAUAAUGAGCUUCUUUUAGCUAAAUGA